GAGAGGCACGCAGAAAUGAUCGGACAGUUAUUGUGAAAAUAAGUGCUUGAUAAUAAGUACUGAAUAGCGCUCGGAAGUUUUGAUAUUAUUUUGAGUUAUCUGGAAUGAAUUUGAUCCCUCCUAAUCAGCCUUUAAGUUUGCUUCAACUUCGAAUUGCUUCAUUAUAAAUUUAGUAUACUAAAUAGGCGCUAGGUUUGCGAUGAAGAUUCUUACGAUUUAUAAACUCAGCGCGCUUGUUCGGAUACUUAUUCUGCUCGCUCUGUGCGGUCUUAGUAAUGCACAAGUACUUUACGUUGACGACUUUUGCGAUUUUGCUGGCUACGAUGGCAUAUGUUUGGAAGCUAGCAAGUGUACUGACUUGCAGGCCAAAAUGCAGGCACUGGAUUUGGAAAGCCAUCAUGUGGGUCGCUGUGGCUUCGGCGUUAGAGAGGAGAUUAUAUGUUGUCCAAAGUGGCCAACACCUGUGCAAACACCACCCAAACUUCCCAACGCUUUUAUAGAUCUCUCCAAACAGCCUGAGUUUGAAUAUAGGCCGCCAGCAGACAACUUUGGUCAAGCUGGAAGUGGGAAUAAUGUGAGGGAAUGGCAAGGCGACAACGGAUUUUUCGGUGGAAAUCCACUCUCGAAUGCACAGGAUAACCAAAAUUUAAAUGGCAGCCCUGUUAGCGAUGAAAAUGAAAGAAUUAAUGCCAUAUUCGGCAAUAACCACGAACAGAACGGAAAUGAUAACAGUCAAGAUGAAAAGAAGGCCAAUUCUUUCCCGGUUGUAAAUGAAAAUAAUAACGGAGUUUUCAUUGCAAAUCCAGUGCCAAAUGUACAGGAUAACCAUAGUUUAAAUGGCAAUCCUCUUAUCGAUGAAAAUGAAAGAAUUAAUGCCAUAUUCGGCAAUAACCACGAACAGAUCGGAAAUGAUAACAGCAUAGAUGAAAACAAGGCCAAUUCUUUCCCGGUUGUAAAUGAAAAUAAUAACGGAGUUUUCAUUGCAAAUCCAGUGCCGAAUGUACAGGGCAACCAAAAUUUAAGUGGCAACCCUGUUAUCGAUGAAAAUGAAAGAAUUAAUGCCAUAUUCGGCAAUAACCACGAACAGUUCGGGAAUGAUAACAACCAAGAUGAAAACAAGGCCAAUUCUUUCCCGGUUGUAAAUGAAAAUAAUAACGGAGUUUUUAUUGCAGUGCCGAAUUUGUUGGAUAAUCAUAAUUUCAAUAGCAACCCUGUUAUCGAUGAAAAAGGAAUAAUGAAUGCCAUAUUCGGUGGUAUCCCUGAGCAGAACGGAAAUAAAAAUAUUCAAGAUGAAAAGAAGGUGAAUCCUUUUCCGGUUGUAAAUGAAAAUAAUAACAGAGUUUUCAUUGCAAAUCCAGUACCGAAUGUACAAAAUUUAAGUGGCAACCGUGAUGUCGAUGAAAAUGAUAAAUUUAAGGCUAUAUUCGGUAGUAAUGUUGAAGAGGCUGGUAGUGAUAAUGACCAGGAGGAGGGGAAGGGAAAUCCAAUACCCGUUAUUAAUGGAAAUAGUGGAGUUUUCAGUGUAAAUCCAGUGCCGAGUGUACAGAAUAACAUAAAGUUAAAUAGUAACCCUGUCAUCGACGAAAAUGAUAGAUUAAAUGCUAUAUUCAGUGAUAACUCUGUACAGGUAGGAAAUGGUAAUAGUAAGAACGAAAGAAAGGCAAAUCCUGUUCCAAUAUUAAAUGAAAAUAAUAACGGUAUUUUCAAUCAAAAUCCAAUAUGGAAUGUACAAGAAAACCAAAAUUUAAAAGGCAGUCCUGUUAUUGAUGAAAAUGAAAGAUUUAAUGCUUUAUUCAACGGUGACCCUCUGCCGAUUGANGAUGAUAGGGUUCGGCCAAGCGGUGAAAUUGAUAAAGAUUCUGCUGAAAAUUUAAAAGCUAAAAUUAAUGCUAUAUUCGGUAGUAAUCGUGAACAGAUCGGUAAUGCUAAUGACAAUGAGGAGAGCAAGCAAAAUACAGUUGCGGUUGUAAAUGGAAAUAAUAACGGUAUUUUCAAUCAAAAUCCAAUAUCGAAUGUACAGAACAAUCAAAAGAUAAGCGGUAACCCUUUUUUUGACGAAAAUGAAAUAUUUAAUGCGUUAUUCAAUGGCAACCCUAGUCAAAGUGGAAGUGUAAGUAGUAUUGGGAAAUGGAAAGGAAAUUCAGUUCCGGUUAUUACCGAAAAUAAUAACGGCUUUUUCAAUGAAAAUCCAGUGUCCAAAAUACACGCUAAUCAGAAGACAAAUGGUGAUCCUUUCUUCGAUGAAAAUGAAAGAUUUAAUGCUAUAUUUAAUGACAAUCCUCUCCCGAAGGAAAACAAUAUAGGUGGACUAAAUGGUGUAAUUAGUCAAAAUGCUGUUAUUUCCGGCGUUAAAUCUGUACAGCUUGGUGGGGAUGAGCUGAUCCAUAAUAAUGCAGCCAUGCAUGGAAAAGAUGAAAAAGCAUUAAUAAAUGCUAUAUUAAAUGGUCAAUUAGAAAGCAGCCCUGAGCAUUUUGUAUUUAAUGAUAAGCCAUUACGGGGCAGACCUAUAAAUAGGAGAAGACACGGUACUUUCAUGGAAAACCGAAGAACAUUCAAUAAUGAACGUUUUCACGUGAGAAAUCAUAGAAGGUUUGAAGAAGGGUCACACCGAAGAAAUCAGGGAGUUUAUAGAGGGUCCAAUAGAAAUACACGUAUUCGAUUUACAAAUAAUUAAAUGCAUAUUAUAUUACUGAAUUGGUGAUAUUCUAAAUCACUUUUAAAUAUCAUAUAAAACUUAUUUACAUAUCAUAUAUAAAUAAAAAAUAUUAAAAUAA